AUGUCUUCAAACGUUGGUCUCAAUACUCCAAGAGGAAGUGGUACCUCGGGCUAUGUCCAGCGCAACUUGGCGCAUCUCCGACCCCGCGACAAGCCAUACUCGACCGACCUGGACAGCUUGAAGCACCGCCAGAGACAGCCAGAUAAGGACAUCUUGGAGCAUGACCGGAAGCGCGAGAUUGAGCUCAAGGUGUUUGAGUUAAGGGACUUGUUGGAAGAUGAGGGUGUUGACGAAGACGAAAUUGAAGACCGAACAGAAGCGCUUAGAAGAAACCUUAUGAGAGAGAGCGACAAAGGCAAUGGACCAGCGAAGAAGGGACUGAAGAUGCAUCAAGUGCAUGAGUUGGCAGAGGCGAAAAUUAAGCAAGACAAUCGGUUCAGGAGCGCGCUGGGCAUCAGCAAGGAUUACGAAGAGGGCAGUCACUGGAAGAAGCAGGAGGAGAAGCUGAGGGCUAACUCCGAGAGGGAUGCGAACGAUGAGCAGAAGUGA